AUGUUGAGCUACACCGUAUUUCUCGGUUUAUUUCUCCUUCUCAUGGUGGACCAAACGGCGUCGCAUUUGAGCUCUGGUCCACACAUUGCAGACGUCAAUAUUCUGCUGCCUCCCAAAAUGACUCAUCCGGUCGAGUAUAGGCUUCAGGGAAGUGAUGGCUGCUUUAAAUGGUCAUGGGAUCAUCACGAUAUUCUGUCUGUUCUGCCCGAAUAUAAUUCAACUAGUCACUGCUCAACAAGUGCGCGGUUGAGAUCAAUUGCUCCGUAUAGUGGUCGAAAGGAGACUGCUGUUUACGCUGCUGAUGUAACUACUGGAGCUGUGAUUCGCUGCAAACUUGACUUAGAUGGGCUUGCCACGCUUCGAGUCCGUGCCUUUGAUAGUGAAGAAAACGUGUUUUCUUCACUGGUGGGCUUGCAGUUUAUGUGGCAGCUGAUGCCUGAACCUAAUGUAUUGCCUCAUCACCUUGUUCAUGUCCCUCUAAAGGACUCUCCCCUGAGCGACUGUGGCGGGUUGUGUGGAGACCUAGAUAUCCAAAUAAACCUUGAAGAUAAUGGUGUAUUUUCUGAUCUGUACGUCGUAAAGGGAAUUGAAAUUGGGCAUGAGAUUGUUUCUGUGCAUUUGCUUGAGCCACAGUUCAAGCACAUGACUGAUAAGAUAGUUCUAACUGUAGCAGAAGCCAUGUCGCUCGAUCCUCCCUCGCCUGUUUUUGUCCUUGUUGGUGCAGCUGUUCGUUAUAGUCUAUUAAUUAUCCGUGGCAACAAAGCUCAAGUUGUAAAUUUGCCGUCUCCACAUCAUCGAUGGUCUGUUUCAAACUCUUCAGUUGCUUGUGUUGACUCUAUGAUGGGUUUGGCAUAUGCGUUGAACUUAGGGGUAACUAACACCAUAGUUGAAGAUACAAGGGUUGCUGGCCACAUACAAGUGUCGUCACUUAAUGUUGUCCUGCCUGAUUCUUUAUCUUUAUACAUGACACCUCUAUCUACUUCUGAUGAUCCUGUUGAAGGAAUUAAAGCAAUUCCAUCCAUGACACGGUGGUAUGGUGUUUCUGGUCGUCGGUACCUCAUUCAAAUGAAGGUUUUCUCAGAAGGACCAGAUGCACAAGAAAUCUACAUUACAGAGAGUGAUGACAUAAAGUUGUCCAAUAAUCAGUCUGAUUACUGGAGACUUUUUCCUGUAUCAGAUGAUAUUGCAAUCAAACAUGGCUGGCAGAAUUCUAUAAUUCUAAAGGCAACUUCACAGGGACAGGAUAAAUUGACAGCUUCUUUGACUUACUUUAGUGGGCUAAAUGAGACGAAGGAGGUUCUCAAGGUUGCACAAGAAGUCAUGGUUUGUGAUCAAGUCAAGUUUAGUUUGGAUAAAAGUGAUGCAUCUCCAACCAUUUUCCUUCCCUGGGCCCCUGCUAUUUAUCAGGAGGUGGAGCUACAGGCUACAGGAGGUUGUGCUAAGGCAUCCAGUGACUACAAAUGGUUCUCUUCAGACAUGGGUAUUGUGUCUGUGUCUGCUUCUGGGGUUGCCCAGGCUAAGAAGCCUGGUAAAGCUACUAUUAAAGUGCUCUCCAUAUUUGAUUCAUUCAAUUAUGAUGAGGUUGUCGUUGAAGUUUCCGUCCCAGCAUCUAUGGUCAUGCUCCGUAACUUCCCUGUUGAGACUGUUGUAGGACAACAUCUUCAAGCUGCUGUAACAAUGAAAGCAUCAAAUGGUGCCUACUUUUAUAGAUGUGAUGCUUUCAGUUCCUUCAUAAAGUGGAAAGCAGGCAGUGAGUCUUUCCUUAUUGUCAAUACAACAGGGGAGUCCCCUGCUUUAGACAGUUUAGGAAAUGCCGACUUCCAUGCAUCAAAUUAUGGUCCCCCAUGUUCAUGGGCAUAUAUAUAUGCCUCUGCUUCUGGUCGGGCUACUCUUCAUGCUACAUUAUCAAAAGAAUAUCACAACUUUGAUAACUCUUUUGGUGGACCUAUUGUCUUAAAAGCAUCUUCACUUAUUGCGGCAUACUCACCGCUUAGCAUUCGUCAGGCAGCAGAAACUGAUAAGCAAUUGGUAAAGUUGGACAAAAUAUACCUUGUCCCUGGGACGCAUUUGGAUGUUAUGCUUCUUGGUGGACCUGAAAAGUGGAACAAUGGUGUUGACUUUGUUGAAACUAUGGAAAUCUUAAAUGAACAACAUGGUCACAUUGACAAUGGUGCUUCUGUGGAAAGGUUAUCUGAAACCUAUAAGAGUCUGUAUAGAGUUUCAUGCCAAAUGCUGGGAACCUAUAAAAUUGUUUUCAAACGCGGUAAUCUGGUUGGGGAUGGCCAUCCUCUGCCUGCAGUAGCAGAAGUUCCACUGUCUCUUAUAUGUAGCAUUCCUGCUUCAAUUGUUCUGAUAGUGGAUGAACAUGUAAAUGAACGUGAAGUCAUACAGACUGCAAUUCAAGCUGACCGCAGUUCAGGGCGAAUUCGUGUCACCCCUGUUACUGUGGCAAAUGGGCGCACCAUUAGAUUAGCUGCAAUUGGCAUCAGUAACUCUGGAGAAGCUUUUGCAAACUCAUCUUCUCUUUAUUUGAGGUGGGAACUUAUCAGUUGUAAUGAGAUGGCUAAAUGGGAUGAUGAUAAUUUAGAGAGGUCGGAGCACAGUUGGGAGAGGUUAUUGAGCUUGAAAAACGAGUCAGGCCUGUGUACAGUUCGUGCCACGGCCAUUGGUUUCAGAGAUAACAUGGGUGGUCAUAAGUCUGUUCCAUUGCUUGAUAGUUCAGAGAAUGUUCUUGCAGAUGCAAUUCGUCUACAGCUAGUUUCUACACUAAUGGUCAGCCCAGAGUUCAAUCUGGUGUUUUUCAAUCCCAAUGCUAAGUUAAAUCUGUCAAUCACUGGAGGGAGCUGUUUCUUGGAAGCUGUUGUGAACGAUUCUCGAGUGCUAGAAGUUGUUCAACCCCCAAGAGGUUUACAAUGCUCACAACUGAUGCUGUCUCCUAAAGGUAUGGGGACGGCGCUUGUGACAGUUUACGAUGUUGGACUUGCUCCUCCACUUGCAGCUUCUGCUGUGGUACAAGUUGUAGACAUUGACUGGAUAAAGAUUGUGUCACCAGAAGAAAUAAGCCUUAUGGAAGGGGCAUCGCAGACUAUUGAUUUGAUGGCUGGGAUUAGUGAUGGAAGGACUUUCGACUCUUAUCAGUUUGCCUACAUGAAUAUUCAUGUGCAUGUUGAGGAUCAUAUUAUUGAGGUGUUAGACAUUAAUGAUAUCUCAAGAACAGGAGGUGGAUAUGUUAAUGUCCCGAAAUUUAAGAUUUUGGCUACACAUCUUGGGAUCACAACUUUCUUUGUGAGUGCUGUACAGCAAUCUGGGCAUGAAAUUUUGAGUCAACCAAUAAUGGUGGAAGUGUAUGCACCACCAAUAAUUCACCCACAAGACAUUUUCCUUGUACCUGGUGCAGCUUAUGUGCUUACUGUGAAAGGAGGCCCAACAGUUGGUGUAUAUGUUGAAUAUAUGAGUAUGAAUGAGGAAAUAGCGACAAUGCAUAGAUCUUCAGGACGACUGUCUGCCAUUUCACCUGGGAACACUACUAUUCGUGCCAGAGUCUUCAGAAAUGGAGAUACCGUGAUUUGUGAAGCAUAUGGCAGUGUUAAAGUAGGAGUUCCUUCUUCGGUGAUAUUGAAUGCACAAAGCGAAUUGCUUGGUGUUGGCCGUGAGAUGCCUAUUUAUCCUUUGUUUUCGGAGGGCGAUUUGUUUUCUGUUUAUGAGCUCUGCCAAAAUUACCAGUGGACUGUAGAAGAUGACAAGGUAUUGAGCUUUAAUUUGUUAGAGCAUUUGAAUGGUGAGAAGUAUGGGACUCAGUUGGAUCCUUCAGAAAAAAUUCAGUUCCCUAGCCAUAUGAGUGAGGAAGAGCUUGGUUUUAUCAAAGUAAUGUUUGGAAGAUCUGCAGGGAGGACCAACAUUGCAGUCUCGUUCUCAUGUGAAUUUAUAUCUUCUGGUUCUAAAUCAUGGACAAGAUUUUACAAUGCAUAUUUAUCAAUAUUGGUGGUGCCUGAUCUCCCUCUUGCUCUUGGAGUCCCAAUAACGUGGGUUCUUCCUCCUCAUUACACUACAACAAGUAUUUUACCUUCAUCUUCAGAAUCAUAUGGCCAAAGGGAUAGUCAGAGUCACAAAGGAACUAUUAUCUAUUCCUUAUUAAGAAAUUUCCCUGACAAGAAUGAAGGUGUGCAAAAGGAUGCUAUUUCCGUUGAAGGGGACAGAAUAAAGACAUCAGAGAGUAACAAUCUUGCAUGCAUUCAGGCAAAAGAUCGUAUCACGGGUAGAAUUGAGAUUGCUGCUUGUGUCAAAGUUGCUGAGGUGUCUCAAAUAAGAAUUACGAACAAGGAGGAGGUACCAUUUCACGGGAUUAAUCUUGCUGUUGGUGCUGAACUUUCUCUUCCAGUAGUCUAUCUUGAUGCACUAGGAAACCCUUUCUAUGAAGCAUAUGGCGCUGUUCUCUUUGAUGUUGUAACCAACUCUCCGGAUGUUGUGUCCAUAAACAAAAACAACACACAUGGUGGCAGUAGAAAUAUCCAUCUUAAGGCAAUGCGGCAUGGUAGAGCUCUUGUGCGAAUAUCCAUUGAUCGUAUUCCUCAGAAGUCGGACUAUAUCCUGAUAUCAGUGGGUGCCCAUAUACAUCCUCAAAACCCAGUUCUUCAUAUUGGAAGUCAUCUUAACUUCAGCAUUGAAGGUUUAAAUGAUAAAGUUUCUGGCCAGUGGAGUACUGCCAAUGGAAGUGUUAUAUCUGUGUCCCCAUUGUCUGGAGUAGCUGAAGUAGUGGGGGAAGGUACAACCCAAGUAUUUUUUGAAGCUUCAAGUUUGAAGCUGAGAACAGCUGUAAUAGUGCUAACAGGGGAUAUUGUAUAUGUGGAUGCUCCAAGAGAGACACUAACAAAUGUUCCCGUCCCUACCAAAGGAUAUAACUUCUCUGUGAGGAUCAGCAAUAAUUACGACAAGUUUAAAGCUCUUGGAGACAUCAAGGGACUCCAGUAUGACUGUAAAGUGGACCCGCCUUUUGUUGGGUAUGCAAAGCCAUGGUUGGAUCUUGAUACUGGUAACUCAUACUGCCUCUUUUUCCCUUACUCACCGGAGCAUUUGGUUCGUUUGAUACCCAAGUCCAAGGAUAUGAAACCAGAUAUUUCUGUUUCCAUCAAUGCUUCAUUGAGAGGAGCUGAUCAUGUUUCAGGAUCUGCUUCUGCUCUUUUUGUUGGAGGGUUUUCCAUAUUGGAGAUGGGCAAGGAUUCAAUGCAGUUGAAUCUGACCCCAUACUCUAACAAGACGAUUAUAACAAUCCUGGGCAACAUAGAUGUUGAAAUUUAUUGGCAUGAGCGGGAGUCACUACUCAUUACUCCCAUCCAUACAGAAGGUUUUGGGAUCGGUGGACGUGCAAAAUAUGAGGUGAAAAUGCUGGGAGCCAAAAGAUUCACAGAUACAAUUUUCAUCACACUCCCAGCCAAUGGUCAGAGUGUGGAAAUCAACGUUAGCUGUGACCCCGGAGAAAGAACAGCAUCUGAAACUACCAUUAAUUAUAUCCUUUGGACAACGGUGCUUGGAUGUCUUGCUCUAUUGAUUUUGACAGUGGUUGUCUCCGUAUGUUAUUUGGACAGACCGGAUAGAUCUCCCCAAACAUCCAUUAAUGUUCCUGCUACUCCAAGUAUUGCAGCCCCAGUCACACCUGUACGUAGCAGCCCAGCUAUCGGGAGUGAAUCUCCCCGAACACCUCAGCCUUUCAUAGAUUAUGUAAGGAGAACAAUAGACGAAACCCCAUACUACAGGCGAGAGCCUCGGAGGAGGGUUAAUCCACAGAAUACUUUCUAG